CCUUCCUUCUUUCUCUACAUUUUCUGUUGAGAUCCAUACUUUCUUAGCGGAGCGAUACCACUGGCAUUAUUGAGCGGUAUCAAGAGUCUGAAGCACGCCAGGUAGACUGCUGGGCGCCACGUUGGACUGGAAAAGAGCCGCUCCAGGCUUCGAUGAAGGCCGAACUCGACGACACAGAACGCGUUGAGCGAACAUUUUGUUGAUCCCAUCUAUAUCGACGCGCAUAUCAUCUGCAUUCUCCGCAGGCGCGGCUGAUCCUCGAUCCAGCCACUCAGGCAGAUCAAUUCCUCUGUACCGUCCAAUUGCACGAGAACGGCCUUGGUCUUCCAUCACUCUCAUCUCAUCUCAAAACCCCAUCCAUCCACAUCAUGGCUCGUACCGUUUCCAACCCUAACGAGGGGGGCGGCCGUAAUUCUCUCACCAAUCUACCUGGUGGAAAGCGUAUGAAGAACACGGCGAGAAAGAGUACAGGUGGAAAAGCUCCCAGACCGAGAUUAUCAGUCGCCGAAGUCGCCAGAGAUAUCGAUCCCAAGAAACGACGCUAUCGACCUGGUACAGUCGCUCUGAGAGAGAUUAGAAAGUAUCAAAAAUCGACGGAUCUGUUGAUUGCCAAACUCCCUUUCUCCCGCUUGGUCCGUGAAGUCUCAUACGACAUGGCUUCGAUCGAUGCUGGAAAUUUACGUUGGCAAAGUACAGCUCUGUUGGCUUUACAAGAAGCCGCAGAGGCAUUCUUGGUUCAUCUGUUCGAGGACGCAAACCUAUGUGCAGUCCAUGGAAAGCGAGUGACAAUCAUGCAGAGGGAUAUUCAAUUGGCUCGUCGUAUACGCGGGCCAUGGGGCGGACUAGGAUAAGUCAACAAAAGGUAGAAUGAAAGGGCUCUUAGGUCUAAUAAGCCGUAUUUGUAAACUGUAUCUUGAGAUAUGCAACGGUCACGCAAA